CGUCCCGGAAGCGACGGCGGUGGAAGGGCGGACGGUUCUCUGGGGGACCUGCAACUUCGGAGCGUCGGUGGGAGGUGGCGCUGCGUGGGGUAGGGCGGGCCCGAGGGACUGCUCCGGGGCUUGGUGGCCUUCAGUUCCCUUGGCCGUCCCUCCCCCUCCCUUUCCUGGGACAGCGUCCGGAAUGCAGACUUCUUCGGAUCGGGACCUGAGUGGACCAGAGACGAGCCCCAGCGGGAUGCCUGAGGUUCUCUCUGAGUGUUCACCUGCCCCUGCCAAGUCAACAGCGUUUGAUCUCUUCAAUCUGGUUCUGUCCUACAAGAGGCUGGAGAUCUACCUGGAACCCCUGAAGGAUGCGGGUGACGGUGUUCGAUACUUGCUAAGGUGGCAGAUGCCUCUGUGUUCCUUGCUGACUUGCCUGGGCCUCAACAUCUUGUUCCUCACUUUGAACGAGGGUGCAUGGUACUCUGUAGGUGCCCUGAUAAUUUCGGUGCCUGCACUACUGGGCUACCUUCAGGAGGUGUGCCGGGCACAGCUGCCUGAGUCUGAGCUGAUGCGGAGGAAAUACCACAGCAUAAGGCAGGAAGACCUGCAGAGAGUUCGCCUUUCCCGCCCCGAGGCUGUUGCUGAGGUGAAGAGCUUCUUGAUCCAGCUGGAAGCCUUGUUGGCCCGCCUGUGCUAUACCUGCGAGUCGGCAUACCGGGUACUUCACUGGGAGAACCCCGUGGUAUCCUCACAGUUCUAUGGCGCUCUUCUGGGCAUGGUUUGCAUGCUCUACCUGCUGCCUCUCUGCUGGGUCCUUGCCCUUUUAAACAGCACACUCUUUCUGGGAAAUGGGGAAUUCUUCCGAGUGGUGUCUGAGUACAGGGCUUGUCUGCGGCGACGGAUGAACCCCAGGCAGGAAGAACACAGUGAGAGCUCAGCCCUGCAGGAUGCCGGGGGGAGGGCUGUUGUGCUGGACAGCACACCUGCCCCUACACCAACAGAGGACCUCACGCCAGGCAGUGUGGAGGAAGCUGAGGAGGCUGAGCCAGAUGAGGAGUUCAAAGAUGCAAUUGAGGAGACCCACCUGGUGGUGCUGGAGGAUGAUGAGGGCGCCCCGUGCCCAGCAGAGGAUGAGCUGACCCUGCAGGACAACGGGUUCCUCAGCAAGAAUGAGGUGCUUCGCAGCAAGGUGUCACGGCUUACGGAGCGGCUCCGCAAGCGUUACCCAACCAAUAACUUCGGGAACUGUGCAGGCUGUGCUGCCACCUUCUCCGUGCUGAAGAAGAGGCGGAGCUGCAGCAACUGUGGGAACAGCUUCUGCUCCCGGUGCUGCUCCUUCAAGGUGCCCAAGUCCUCCAUGGGGGCCACAGCUCCUGAAGCCCAGAGAGAGACUGUGUUUGUAUGUGCCUCCUGUAAUCAGACCUUGAGCAAAUGAGAAGAGAAGCCAGGCUCCAACUGUCCUGGGGCCAGCAGUAGACUCUACUGUCCCAACUCUGGUCCUCUGAGGCCUGUGCUGGGCAAAUGUAGCCUGACAGCUAGGUCCUUCCUGCCCUUCCCCUGCUGCCUCCAGCUGGGCUGGUGAUGCUCUAAGGCCCAGGUGGAGAGGAGCCCCUGGGGUCCCGGCUGUUGGUCCUGCUCUACCCUAUACCCUGUUAACUCAGGGCUGGCCAGGGACUGUCCACCAGAGGGCAGAAUUGAGCACAGCCUGCUCUCAUCUGGGCUCUGGUGGUCGAGGUCAGGCUGGCUAGGCCUUAGGAUUCAAGAGACCUGAGGUUGGGUAAAGAGGUUCUUCUCUGUUGGGUACUGGGCAGUCUGUCAGCCCCAGAGAGCCUGCAAGGGGACUUAGCACCAUGGCCUGGCUCUGCCCUUUGAAUAGCCUCAGGAUAUGUUGGUUUUUAGAGAUAAGAUUGGAGUUCCCAGGGCCCCCAACAUGAGGAUGCUGGUCAAGUCCUCCAGUGUCAAGUGGAUGGCAGUAUGGGGAAGCUCUGCCUACAGAAUCUUAGCUCCCAUGAUCCUCUGGUGUCCUCAAGUCCUGCUGGGGUGGCUACAGGACCCUCACAUCACUCCUACUUCCUGCUCCGAGUCUAGGGCACCCCACCUUUCUCCCACUGCCACAUCGCUCUAGCCCUUAUCUCAUGGGAUACGUGGCUAGGUGAGUAGAGCAGAGACUAAAGCCUUUGAGGUCCGGGGAAGUUUAGGACCACCUGGAUUUCAGGGCUGUUCCUGGAGAGGAGUUUACAUUGUAGGAUAGGGUCACAUGGCCCGUGUUAUGUUCCCUGUGAUCUGCCAAGGGGGUGCUGCACCUCUUCUUAAGCCAUGCACUGGCUCAGGCCCCUGCCCCCUACCCUGGAGCCUUUUCAGAGUAUUUAUUUAUUUAUUUCAUGGUUCCUGGUAGCAUGCAGCAGAGGGCGGGAUGAAGAUGAGAGGCUUCUGCCUGAGACCCUUCCGUAGUCAUGGACUGCCCUUGGAGCUGCUCUUCAGAAGCUUGCAUUGGUAGUAGUGGGCCUGUUCUACUGUCCAAGCAUGGACACGGUCCCCAUACCUGAGCCGCAUGAGUGACUCCAUCUGAAGCCCUAUUUGCCGAUAGGCCACGCACAGAGCAGGGAGGGUUUGGCAGUGGGGACAAGCAGGUGAGGUGUACCCCUUUGUCCUGGUGAGAGAAGGUCCCCCCUGUGCAUCUGUACUGCAGAGCAGUAGAAAGGAGCUCUGUGUGGAGACUUGUCAAUAAAAGGCCCCUCCCCUGCUUA